GUUUGAUUUAGGCCAUAUUGGUACAACUUUGAAUUUUAAGUUUGAAGGUGUUGGGUUCGAAUCCCUCUCCGCCAACUUACAUGUUUGUUUUCAGAUUCGAUUUCAGCUCCCCCCCCUGUUUCUCCUCGCUUUUACAUGCACGCCUAUGGACUCACUCAUGCCGCCGCCGCCGCCGUCUCCUCCGCCGCUGGAAACCGUCGAGCUGCCGGAGCCUGCUCGCUCAGCUGAAGCCGCUAACCCUACUCCCGCCCACAACCAUCCUCCUUACGCCGAGAUGAUUAUGGCGGCAGUUGCGGCCUUGAAGGAGACUAACGGCUCGAGCAAGCAAUCGAUUUCUAGGUACAUAGAGCAAUCGUACUCGGACCUUCCGCCCACUCACUCGGCCUUGUUGACUCAGCACCUGAAGCAGAUGAAGAACGCGGGCCAGUUGGUCAUGGUGAAGCACUCCUAUCAGCUCCCCAGAUCUCCCACUCAGCAGCUGGAACAACAGCCACUGCAGAUGGAGAUGGAAGGAAAUGGGGCUCCGGUUGCUGGCACUAAGAGGAGGCCGGGACGUCCUCCCAAGCUCAAGCCUGAGACUCAGCUGCAGCCGCAAGAUUCCCAGCUGCCGGAGUAUCAGCCGGAGAUGGAAUUUCACCAGGAUCCUCUUUUCCAGUUUCAGCCUGACCCCAUCACCCAGAGCCAGUUCCAGCUUCAGGACCCGGGUCCACCACAGUUUCACCCGGAAUCCCAGUUCGAGGUCCAGCCGCCAUUUCCUGUCCAGGAUUCCCAAAAUGUUACCGGAAUGGAGCCUGAAUCUGUGUUUGCUUCUCUAGGUCUGGUUGAUGCUCCUCCACUGCCACAAAAGAGGGGCCCUGGUCGUCCAAGGAAGAUCGGUUCUGAAGAUAAAUCCCCUGCACAUCAACCUCUGGCACCCUUGCUAAAGAGGGGCCCCGGACGCCCUCCUAAGGGAGGAUUGGCCACAUCUUCAGUGAGGACAAAGGGCAGAUCAGGUCUGCCAAGGGGCAGACCAAAGAAGAACCUCAACUCUGCUGCGACGGGGCCACCUAGUGCUGCAAUUGCUAAGAAGGUUGGUGGUUCUGGGAGGCCACGCGGACGCCCGAAAAAGAAUGCUCCUCAUUUUGGUAUUGCUACUGAGGGACUGGCAAUCAAUGUCCCCAUUAAUUAUACUAAUGGCAAUGCGGCCACCACCACUACCACCACCACCUAUGCAGCACCACCCUUUGCAGCACCGGGUGCCUCAAAUGGUGGGGUGUUGCCGUCCAUGCCAAAACGGAGAGGAAGGCCUCCACGAUCAUCCAUCCAGCUACCUGCUUCAAGUUCGGAAGGAGGGAUGGCGCCACUGCCUCCAAGGCCAAGAGGACGACCCCCAAGGUCUUCUUAUACUGCUGGUGGGUAUAAUAAAUACCGGAAGCUUAGCGGAAGGCCACCUGGUCGGCCAAGAAAGAGCGCACCAUUAGUCGCACCCAUUGCUUCCUAUUCUCAUCAUUCCGCUCUGCAGGGAGAACAUGAGCAGCUGAAAUCAAUGAUAAAGGAAACUGCAAGGGUCAUACGCCCAUUCUUGAGCGAUGAAACGGCACUAGCGGCGUUGCAAAAUCUGGAAGCUUCCGCUGCAAAAGAUGUAAAUCCCGUGCCCUGAAAAGGGAACACAUGGUGAAGAAGAAAAACUAGGAGGAUCUGAUAUAUGGGCAUUAAUUGGUAGUAGGCUCUCUUUUCCCUGCAUUCACAAUUUGACAUUUGUUUAAAUCAUUUCAUCAUUUGGGUAAUUUGCAGAGAUAUUGAAAGCUUUCAGCUUAAGCUAAUUUGUCAAUAAUGUUGUUAGAGUUGAGGUUUA